UGAGAAGCAGAGUAGAGCAUAAGAAGAAGAAAGCAUCAACCCGUUUGCUGAUGUGGAUCAUGAUUUGUCUUCACGCUUAUCUGAUAAUUGCAGCUGUGUCAUUGUCGGAGUCCAAUGACUCCAGUUCUGUGUGCAAUGGCUCUGUAGAGGACUGCCUCCGCCUCCACCACUUGGACUCACAGCUUCCCACCGUCUCCAGCUCCCACUUCCAAAGAAUGCUUGCUGAAGCCAAUGGCCGGAAGACGCCGGGUACAGCAGAUCCUAAUAACCCCGCCAUAAAGUGUAAGAAGGCCAAGGAGUACAGAUCAUGUCUGGCAGCGGCUGAAGUUCGGGACAGACAUUGUAGCCCCUACUACAGGGGACCUGAAUGCAGUUGAGUGGAUGAAACUAUUUAUGUUCGAAUGCUUUACUUUCCUCCCUCCACUGUGUUGUUAUGCUUCGUCUUGUUAUCGGCCA